GGCUUUGACAACAAGGAAGUGGACUUUCGCUCUCGCUGUGUUUUUGUUUGUUUGGAGGAAAUAAACAAGAUCUCACCAUGGAGGGCCCUUCCACGAGUGAGGCUGCAGCAGAACCCUCUGUUGCAGCGCAGGUUCCUUUCCUUCACCUGUGCACCACUCUAGAGAAAAUCCAGAAGUCUAAACUCCGUCCUGAUAAAUCCAAGAUCCUCAGAGAUUUCAUCGGGGCGUGGAGGACGUUCCACUCGGCCCUCCACAAAGACAAACCCAAGACCACUGACUCUUUCUACCCAGCCAUGCGCCUCGUCGUUCCCUCGUUCGAACGAGAGCGCAUGGCUUACGGCAUCAAGGAGAACAUGUUGGCGAAGCUCUACAUCACCGUGUUAGGCCUCCCACAGAACGGCCCGGAGGCCAAUAAGCUGUUGAACUACAGAGCUCCGACCACGUCCCAGGGGGAAGCUGGAGACUUUGCGGGCAUGGCGUACUUUGUGCUGAAGAAGCGAUGCACCAGCCAGGGAAACCUCAGCAUCAAAGAGGUCAACGACUUUCUGGACUCGGUGGCGAUCAACAAUGGGAGCAAGCAGAAGGAUCUGGUGAAGAAGAGUCUGCUGCACAUCAUCACCCAGAGCUCCGCCCUGGAGCAGAAGUGGCUCAUCCGGAUGAUUCUGAAGGACAUGAAGCUCGGGGUCAGCAAAGAAACGGUGCUCCAGGUCUUCCACCCGGAUGCUGCUGAGCUCUACAACGUCAACACAGACUUGAACAAGGUUUGCCAGCAGCUCCACGACCCGUCCUUGUCUCUGAGUGAAGUCUCCAUCGGGCUUUUCUCUGCCUUCAAGCCCAUGUUAGCAGCUAUGGCUAACAUCCGCAACGUGGAGAAACAGAUGGGCAACAGCCCCUUCUACAUCCAGACCAAGCUGGACGGGGAGCGAAUCCAGCUGCACAAAGACGGAGACGUGUACAAAUACUUCACGCGGAAUGCUUUUGAAUACACGCAGCAGUUUGGAGGAUCGCCACUGGAGGGCUCGCUGACACCUCACAUCCAUAAUGUGUUUAAAAGUCAUGUGGUGAACUGUAUCCUCGAUGGGGAGAUGAUGGCGUACAACCCGACCACAGAGACCUUCAUGCAGAAGGGGAGCAAGUUCGACAUCAAGAAGCUGAUGGACGACUCCGGGCUGCAGACUUGCUUCUGUGUGUUUGACGUGUUGCUCAUCAACAACCAGAAGUUUGGCAACGAACCGCUGAAGAAGCGCUACGAGGUCAUCAACACGGUGUUCACGCCCGUCAGAGGAAGGAUUCACCUGGUGCAGAAGAGCGACGCCAGAACCAUGCAGGAGGUGGUGAACGCCCUCAACGACGCCAUAGACGGCCGAGAAGAGGGGAUCAUGGUGAAGGAUCCGUUAUCCAUCUACAAACCCGACAAACGAGGGGAGGGGUGGCUGAAGAUAAAGCCAGAAUAUGUCGACGGCUUGAUGGAUGAGCUCGACCUGCUGAUCGUUGGCGGCUACUGGGGCAAAGGGAGACGAGGCGGCAUGAUGUCCCACUUCUUAUGUGGCGUUGCCGAGGCUCCGAAGCCCGGCGAGAAACCCUCAGUGUUUCACUCGUUCUGUCGCAUCGGCUCCGGCUACACCAUGAAGGAGCUGUACGACCUCGGUUUGAAGCUCGCCAAGCACUGGAAGGUCUAUCGGAAGAAUGACCCCCCGGCCUCCAUCCUGUGCGCCACAGAGAAGCCAGAAGUCUACAUCGAGCCCUGCAACUCUGUCAUCAUCCAAGUGAAGGCGGCGGAGAUAGUCGGCAGCGACAUGUACAGAACCAGCUGCACCAUGCGCUUCCCGAGGAUUGAGAAGAUCCGCGAUGACAAAGAGUGGCACCAGUGCUUGACGCUGGCGGAGCUGGACCAGUUCCGCAACAAGGCGCUGGGGAAGCUCGCCUCGCGCCACCUCAGCAUCAACAACGAGGAACCGCAGAAGAAGAAGCGCAAGGUGGCGCCCAAACCCAAGAGGGUGGGCGGCCUCAUCGACCACUUUAAGCCCCAGGACCUCUCCGGGGUUGCCAAGGAGACGGAUAUGUUUGAGGAGGUGGAGUUCUGCGUCCUGAACGGCACCGAGGGUCAUCCCAAGGCCGAGCUGGAGAAGGGCGUCGUCAGGUGCGGAGGAAUCGUGGUUCAGAACCCCGGACAUGACACCUACUGUGUGGUCGCCGGCGUGGAGAACAUGCGCGUCAAGAACCUGAUAUCGGCCAACAAGCACGACAUGGUUUGGGCGUCCUGGCUGCUGGAGUGCCUGCGACAGAAGGAAGUGGUCCCAUGGCAACCGCACCACAUGAUCCACAUGUCGCCCUCCACCAGGGAGCACUUCGCCAAGGAGUACGACAGCUACGGCGACAGCUACCACGUGGACACGGACGAGCAGCAGCUGCGCGAGGUGUUCAACCGCAUCGGCAGCGGCGUCCAGCAGGGGGCGGUGAGCGCCGAGCAGGUGGAGCAGCGGUACAGCUGGGACGACCUCCCCACCAGCAUGUUCAGACCCUUCACGGUUUACAUGGACAGCCGUGCUGACGUAGGAGAAACCGAAACCGCCACAGCUGGGUCCUGUCUGGACAUCAGGGCCCUGGAGUUCCGUUACCAUGGAGGCAGAGUGGAGCAGAAGCUGGAGGAAGGAGUCUCUCACGUCAUCGUCACGGAGGAAACAAGGCUUCUGGUUUUAAGGACUUUGAGGCGAAGCUUCAGGAAGAAGUUUAAGAUUGUGAGAGACUCGUGGGUGAGUGACUCCAUCAAAGCCGGAUAUGUGAUGAAUGACAAUGAUUACUUGGUUUGACGAGUCUUCAGG